AGAUAGGGAGGGAGGGAAAGAGCAGAGUUGUGUCCCAUAUGUGGAAAAAAAAGCAUAGCAGUGCACACUCUAGUCCGGUCAGCUCCAGGGAUUAUCCUAGUGUUUUCAGAUCUGAUGGAGGACAUGCAGGCUUGAAUAGGGUUGUUGUGCUGUCGGUGCAUACUCAUGCCAGUGAUGGACCACAACCGGACCAGCGCUAACCUUGGCUGGCAUUUAUGAAACAUCAUUCCUCCUUACAGAGACCAGCUCCACAGAAUGCUGAGUCCUAUUGUCCCUUAUAGCCUGUUAAAGAUGCACUGGAACCCAGAGCAUGCCCAGCCCCUCAGCCAGUGGCCUGAGCAGCACCUGGACAUUACCUCCACCACCUCCUCUCCAGCCCACAAGGCGGAAAUCUACUCCAGCCGUGGACGCAGCUCCUACAACUAUGCCUGGGCCAAUGAUGACAUCUCUGCCCUCACAGCCUCAAACCUUUUGAAGCGCUAUGCUGAGAAGUAUGCAGGUGUGCUAGACUCUCCAUACGACCGACCUCCCACAGUGGGAACAUACCCAGAGCCGGGGCCUUUUGGGGGCCUUAAUGGCCAGAAGACGGAACUGGAACCGUGGCCACUGACCCACAACGCUGAUGCUUCCUAUCCUUUGGUUGCUUCUGGAGGCCAUGAGAGUCUUUCAGGCUCCAAGACUGCCACGUCUGCAGCCCCCCCUGGGCCGAACAGCGUGUCAGUAGUCAACAGCAAUCUGUCAGACUCAGCCUACAGUGGCAGCAGCUCCUGCAGUGGUUCAACUGAGUACCCCUCUAGCUACAAUGGCACCUAUCUUUCGUCAGGGUUCUGUCCUCAGCCCAGUGCAGCACUUCCUCCCACCUCCCUCCACACUCUGCAACCCACAGCCACUUUGGUGCCCAGCUACAGCCCUAACACAGCUGUUUAUAACUACCCACCAAGCACAUACCCACCCCAGACUAGCCUUGCUACAAGCUACAGUCACCCUUCCACAACAUACCUCCCUUCUGGUCUACCUUCUCCGACACCCAUCCCCACAAGACCCACUGUAGUUGGAGGCUCAUAUAGUUACCAGAGCUCCAACCUUGGAGUAUCUGAGAGUGGAGUCACGUUAAAAAGGAAGGCAUUUGAAAUGGGAGUAGAGGAGGAUGACAGCGGGGAUAGGUCACGGUACAGGAAAUACAACUAUGAUGCCUUGAAGGCUGGAGGAAGCUCUCCCUACCGUGUGAAUGACAAAACAGAGUCCAGAGGAAAUGGAUUUAGCAGUUCAGGCAGCACAGAUCCUCAAACAUUCAAGGCAAACAAGCCCUCCUCCCAGCCACUGGUAUCUCCUCAGUUUGGGACUGGUGGAGAAUACAGUCCACCUGCAGGCAUGACAGGGGAGAACGGGGUAACAGAGCAAGGCUUCACUCAGCAGCAACAACGCCCUCAGUCACUGAAACAUAAUUCGCUAUGUACAGCAUCUGCUGAAGCUUUAAAGAGCCCAGACCCCCGACUGCUGGAGCUCAUCAACGGAGAAUUGUUAGAUUGCCGUCCAGAUCUGCUCUGGACUGAACUGUUUGGGCUCAAUCAUGUCAAGUCUGCCCUGGAGGAGGACCUGCUUUGGCCCGUAUUAAGGCCAAGUCCUGUGAUCCGGCCACCCAGAACUCUCCUGCUGUUUGGUCCCAGAGGAGGGGGUAAGAAGACACUAAGUCGUUCGCUGGCCUCCCAGAUGGGGGCUUCCUUCUACACUGUGAGCGGACCAAUGCUGGCCUCAAAGGGAAAGCUUGAAGCAGAGCGCAUUUUAGGUUCUCUACUGCAGGUGGCAGGGGCACAGCAAGCCUCGGUGAUACUGCUCAGUCAAGUUGAGGCGAUGGAGGAGGAGGGGCUGAUGCAGAUACUGCUAACAACUCUAGAGAAAGUCCGGGUUGGCUCCACAGGUUUGGUUAUUCUUGUGUGCACCACCGGAAGGCCCGAUCUCCUGCAGGACGCGGUUCACCGAAGCUUUGCCAAGAAGUAUUACGUUGGCCUCCCAGAUGUAGCGACUCGUCAACAUGUGCUGCUGCAGGCACUGCAGGGCUUCAACCUGUCAGAGAGGGAGCUAAAUGCUGUACUGCAGCGCACCGAAGGCUUCUCAGUGUGGGAGCUGCUGCAGCUCAGCCAGCAAGUGCUCUCCUCAUCGUCCUCCCCACCUGGAGCCAUGCAUAGACUCACCAACUCCCCAAAACCUCUGAACUUUACAGAUUUUGAGAAUGCCUUUUGCAAGGUGCGUCCACACACCACCACAAAGGACUUGGAUACUUGUAUAGAGUGGAGCAAAAUGUAUAGCCACUGAGAAAGCAGCUAGUCACAGUACUUGGACUGCACUACAAUUCUGUUUUUGCAUUGGCAUUUAAAGCCUUGGGUAUAUUUUGCUGUUAUUUCUUUAUUACUGAUUAUGCAGCCAAAAGAUCCAGAGAAUCUUGAGGGUAGGGGUAGUGCUGAGAAAGUAAUUUCACUGGCAGGAACCUGACAUGGUGUACCGUUUGUUUUGCCCAGAAGACUGACAAUAUUUGAUGUUUUCCCAAAGAUAAAGUGAGGUGAAGGUGUAAUACUUCUUUAGCCAACAGGGAAAAUCUGAGAGGUAUUUAGAUUCUCUCCAAGAUCCUGAUUAGCCUUGGUCUAGGAAAAAAAUCUGUAAUUUGUUGCUAGGUUCAAGAUUAUGGAUAAUCAGGUUUUGGAAAAAUCCCCCAUUUGGCUGUUACUCUCAGGUUCCUAUUUAUUACCAAUCCACCGCCAUGUUAUUGUACAACCAAAGGAUGUAGUAACAGGAUCGUUGUGCAAAGGGCUUAGGAUUAGUAACACUUCUGCAACCUUUUUUUUUUUUUUUUACCAAAAACAUGGAAAACCAAAUAGAUAGGUAAAGCACUGAUAAUUUCUUUAAACAGACCCAUCUUAACAAAGUAAAGGUGACAGCAUGUUAAUGUUCACAGUAGAUUUUUACCAAACUAUGAUGCAAAAAACCUUCUCUGAGAAAGCAAGCACAGGAGAAGUGACUCUAGAGCUGAUUUGUCCUUGAAUACAGUUGUUGUAUUCCAAUGUUUUUAUGUUUUGUUGCAGAACAGCUUCUUAUGCUCCCUCAUCUAGUCACCAAAUGUACUGUGCUUACAUUAUAGUACAAUUAACCCACUACCUGUUUUAUGAUUCACAUUCCUGAACAGGUACAUUUUCUCACCCACAAAACAAAACCUGCACAUUCACCUUUGUCCCCCAACCUUUUUAUUUUCCUGCCUCUCUUCGUCCUUUUUACUUGUAUGAUGAAAUGUUGUUUGAAAUGCUCAGGAAGAAUUUCUUUACCUCAGAAAUAUGAAAUAAAGAAUGUAUGUAAUCUUAGGGUCUUAGAGGAGAAUGAGAUAGAGGAGUGAGGAGGACCGUGACAGUCUUGUGAAAAACUCACUGCAGCUGGGCUUGUACCUCAGCAGAGAAACUUGAAUAUUCUACAAAGAGUAACAAUGAAUGUAAUUCAGGUAUUUCAAAGGAUAUUUGAUGCCAUAAAUCCAUGUAUUACUAUAUAAAUAUAUAUAUGAAUAUAUAAAACAUGUUUUGUUUAUUUCAGUUCUUCUAUGGUUUAUUUUUAUUGUAGUAUAUGGUGAAGUGAUGAUUGUCUUUGAGAAAAGUAGAUAACAGAAAAUAGUUCUUUUGUUAGACAAACUGCUCCAAAAUCUUGGAAAUGCUUUCUUUAAUAUUUUCCUAUCUUGUCAAAAACCAACACACACUGGUAUGGUUUUUAGUACUCCUGGUAAAGAUGUGUAAAAAACCUUAAACCCCCAAAACGUAUUUUUCCAGUAGCAUAAAGUUACACACAUUAAUUUGAGAACAUUUGUUCAUCAGUUUUAAGUUGUAGAUAGCAGUCCAAGUUUAAAACCUAUCCAAAAUGUGGAUGUACACGCCAAAAAGGAUUUUGCUCAACCCAAUCAUUUUCUAAGUAGUUGCUCACAUUGGACCAACUAGGUUUGAUUAAAUACAAAUCAUGCUGCCUAAAUCAGUGUGGCUGCCUAUGUAGGACUUGCCUAUGUCUCAAACUGGAUAAUCAAUGCAAACUGGGUUAUAUAUCUAAGGGCCCAUAUGGGUCCCAGUUUUAACCUGGAGUUGUCCUUUAUCAACUCUGGUCUGGCAUUGCAUAACAUGCGGGGCAAUCCUAUUAGAAAUCUGUUUUUGGCUUGUUUCCUUUCAGUUUAUGCCCAAUUUGUAAAUGCUAUACAUUUCAAUUGAAAAACUAUAGCAAAUGCCAAAUAUAUUUUUUCUGUUGUCAAACGGCAGUGGCACCAACUAUUGCCAGCAGUGAAACCAACAACAGUACCACAUGCAAUAUUUUUCUAAUAUUGUUGAAUGUGUGACUUUUUUCUCUCCUUAUGUUCAGUUAGGAUUUCUUCUGGAUUUCAAAGCAUCUUGUCACUGUAAGUUUUUUUUUUUACACAUCUUUACCAAUGAUGCUAGGAACUCUGACCUCAGCAUUAGGUCUGCUGCUUUCAUUGUUUCAGUAUUUUAUUUCUACAUCGAAAAUUAAACCAAGAACCAACAGUACUUCACUUACAGUCAGUAUUUCAGCCCUUAGCUUAAUUAAAAAGGAUAGAAACAUUAACCCCAAACCAAUAGUUUAGACUAAGAAUUUACUUGUGGGUGUUGAAUAUUUACGUACUAAUGUGUGGAUUAAGCCACAGAAUAGACAAUUCAGCAAUAUAUCUCUUUCUACAGCAUUCCUUCUAGAAGCUGGAAAAACCUAGUUAAUGGCGAAGGGUUUGUAUGUUUCAGGAUGAUGUAAUAUGUCACAUUCGUUCCUUCCCUCCCACCCUCUGUCUUUCCUUGCUCAUCAUUCUCUUUCUUUCUCCCCGAAUGUAAUCUCAUUUGACUGGAUUGCCCCUGGCCACAAGCUCCUGUGACCAUGUGGUGUUGAAUCUGCUCCCCAACCCCCUACUCUUUCUCUUAUUCUUCCCUUAUUCUGAUUUCUCCGGAGUGGAAGUGGACUGAUUGAUGCCCAGCAAUCCUAUAUUGUAAAGCAGCCUUCCCUAACCAGCUGGUGGAUUCAGUCUUGCCGUACAGCCAUAUCAAUCAACAUGACUCCCACUGUUUCAGCUAAAAAAAAAAAAAAACGCCAAAACAGUUCUGCCUCAAGCAACAUUGCUUGGAUAA